AUGGCCUCCCAAGAACCCCGUUAUGUGGCAGUUGCCCAGCGCAAGCAAGCCGAGCUGGCUACAGCUAUCCCUGACGAAUGGCGGCUACCCGCACACCUCAUUCCUGAAGGGAUGCUCUCAAUUUCCGAGUCGAUCACCGUUGGUCCAAAAAGCUAUCAACGAGUCGGGGUGAUGGAUAUUCCACGAACUUGUGGUAUACUUACACACAAGGAAUUGGAAAUCACAGAGAAAUACGACGUGCGGGGCCUUGUGGCGGGGAUGGCAGAGGGUCGAUUGAAGGCCGAGGACGUGAUGCGAGGGUUUUGCAAGAGGGCAGCUGUCGCUCACCAACUCACCCGCUGUCUAACUGAACCCCUCUUCGACCGCGCCUUGCAACGAGCCCGGGAGCUGGACGAUCACUUCCAGCGCACGGGCGCCCCGAUCGGCCCCUUGCAUGGGCUCCCGGUGACAGUGAAGGAUACAUUUAAUAUAGAAGGCGUGGACUCCAGCAUUGGGUUGUCUGCCCUGGCAUUCAAGCCUGCCAACGCAAAUGCCCCGCUAGUAGACCUGUUGCAGUCUCUGGGAGCAGUAGUGAUCGCCAAGACAAACAUACCACAGACACUCGGAACAUUGGACAGCUGCAACCACCUUUUUGGCCGCACGCUGAACCCUCUCAACCGUCAAUGGACUGCCGGUGGCAGCACUGGCGGAGAGGGCGCGUUGAUCGCCAUGCGCGGGUCCAUGGUCGGCUUUGGCACGGAUGUCGGGGGUAGCAUUCGUGUACCAGCUAUGUGCCAGGGUAUCUACGGGUUCAAGCCGAGUACUGGACGCGUGCCAUAUGGAGGCCAGCAGAGCGGCCAGAUUGAAGGCAAGGGCCGGAUAGGGUUGCAAGCAGUAGCUGGUCCGUUGGCUCGCUCUGUUGCGGAUCUCAACGCCGUCAUGGCGGAGAUCGUGCCUCGCGCGGAGUUAUUCGGCGCAGAUUGCAUUCCGGGCUCCUGGCCAUCACAGUCGGUGCCUGUCACUCUUACUCCACGCAACUUCACUGUCGGAGUUCUCAAGACAGAUGGCCUCGUCACCCCUUUGCCCCCGAUUACCCGCAUUUUGAACGAAGUCGCCAACAAGCUCCGUCGUACCCCGGGCGUCGAGGUCGUUGAUAUCCCCAUUCCCUCGGUGCUAUCUAAAUGCCAGGCCAUAGCAGGUCGGCUGAUGGGGAUCGACGACGGGUCCCAUAUGCUCGACCUCAUCGAGAGCAUGGACGAGGAGCUCACUCCGUGGCUGCAGGGCCGUAUGAAGCGCGGCAAAGCGCUGACGGUGAUUCAACUGGCGAACCUGCAGGCCCAGCGUGCCGAGAUUGAGGAGGAGAUGAUGAAAAUGUGGACAUUGACAUCACAGGCUUCGUCUAUUGCUCGACGCGUUGACGCCAUAAUUUGCCCUGUGGCGCCACACCCGGUCCCAGAGCUCGACCGCUACAAUGCUGUUGGGUACACCUCGACCUUUGUGCUGCUCGACUACCCGGCUGGCUCGGUUCCUGUCCGCUCAUUCACGGAAUCCGAUCUUGAGAUUGGGCGGGAAAUGGAUGCGCCUGUGUUGGGAAGCUGGGAUAAGGCUAAUCGGCAGCUGUGGGACGAGAAAACAGUUGAUCGUCGCGUGUACCUCGGGUCACCUCUCAGUGUGCAGGUUGUCACUCCUAAGCAACAUGAUUAUCAGCUUUUCCAGGCCAUGGAGAUUGUUGAUCGAGCUGUGCAAGGUUCGACCAGUGCAAAGCUGUAA